AUGGUUGUUGUAGAAUGCUCUGUCCCACAAUGCGAUUUCAAAACUAAUGAUGUCUCAGAGGCACUCGCCAUAGCUCUUCUAUCAAACCAUGGUCUGGCCCAUCAAAACACAGUGCCUGCCGUGUCAACACAACCAGCACCCACAUUUCAAGGCCCGAAACUUGAGCGACCCAAAAUAGAUGUCGGUGUGUCCAUUGAAGACUGGAAUGUGUUCGUCCGGCGAUGGGAGGUUUUUCGAACCGGAUCUGGGAUCAAUGAUACAUCAGCCCCAUACCAAUUAUUUCAGUGUGCCGGGACCGACCUAGGUGAUAGCCUCCUAAAAGCGAACCCCAAUGCAGCCUCCGGGACCCUCAACGAACUGCUUACUGCCAUGCGGUCCUUGGCAGUCAUUCCUGUUGCUACCUGUGUAUCACGGACUGAACUUCUUCAACUACGUCAAGAAAGGAUGAGGCUUUUCGUACAUUUACAGCCAGGGUGCGAGGGAAAGCCGAGACGUGUGCCUUCACAGCAGAAUGUGAGUGUGGUAAGGACGUCGACUACACAGAUAAUGUCAUCCGUGACGUUCUUUUAAAUGGCCUAUCUGACCCAGACAUCCGCCGUGAAAUCCUGGGGACGCCCGACAUCCUCAAAAAACCAGUCAAUGAUGUGAUUGCCCUUGUUGAAAACAAGGAGAUGGCCCGCAAUGCCCUCCCAUCAUCAACCCUGUCUGCUGUGUCGUCGUUUCAGCGCCAAAAGAACCCGACGACAACCACCGCCACCACCCCGUCCCAAGUGGAUCAAACGAAGGAGGCAACAUGCCCAGACUGCAAGCAUACCUUUAAAGUAUUUACAGAGGGAGCCCGUGGGUGGAACACCAAACCUCACCAAUUGUGCAUCAAUUGCUACAGAACUCGCCGCAGGAAAAAACGCCAACCCCGCCUGCCCCAUGACAAUAAGCCCAGCCUCCAGGCCAUAGAGCAAGACCCCAUAUCCCAGGUGGCAGUAUUCCAAACCGCCCAGACAGACAGACACCGACGACAUCAUACACGUGCCUCAACCCCACAUGGCAACAUCAACAAAGCUUUAGCCACAAGACUUGACCACCAUAUAUUCUCCAAAGGCGAAUGGAAGCGAGCCCGCCUGUUAGAUCAUCCUAGAGUCAAAGUCACCAUCUCUGUUGCCAAGUCAGCCGACACCAGAAUCACCAGCCCUAGCCAUGCCUCGGGCCGUGACACUGUGGUAUCAGCAGUUGCCGAUACCGGAGCACAAUCCGACCUGUGGUCCCUUGCUGAUUUCCUUGCCUGUGGAUUCUCACGUGAUGAACUACGGCCUGUUAGCCUUAGCCUGUCAGCCGCAAACCGCUCCCCUAUCUCCAUCGAAGGAGCAUUCUUUGCAAAGAUCACAUCGACACCCCACAACGGCAAUGUGAUGUCGUGCCACUCUAUGGUGUAUGUCAGCAGCUCUGUCCAAGCCAUGUAUUUGUCUUAUGAGACGUUACUUAACCUCGGCCUUCUUGCAAAUGAUUUCCCAUCCAUGGAUAAUGUAGGCACACCCAGCGAAAGGACCCAAAUCGCCGACUCUGAUGCUUCACCUGACCCUGCAUCUAUCAAUGCCGCACGGUCACUCAACAAUGGUUGUAAUGCGCCCAACACUCCACAUGACCCAUGCUCGUGCCCCCAGCGUGAAGUUGCUCCACCAAGUCCGCCGGUCCUGCCAUUCCCCUGUACACCAGAAAAUAAUGAUCGCAUGAAGGCAUGGCUACUUGCUCGAUACUCCUCGUCCACAUUCAACACGUGCCCACAUCGGGCAUUACCAUGCAUGGAGGGGCCAUCUAUCGAGAUGCACGUCGACGCGACCGCCACUCCAAAGGCUUGCCAUACACCAGCCAACAUACCCUUACACUGGCAGCAGCAAGUGCAUGACGACCUCCUUCGAGACGAAGCCCUUGGUGUCAUUGAGCGUGUGCCUUAUGGCGAACCCGUGAAAUGGUGCCAUCGGAUGGUUGUAACACGGAAGCACGAUGGUUCUCCACGUCGCACAGUCGAUCUCUCGCCACUAAAUAAGUUUUGCAAGCGAGAAACGUUUGCCAUGGAGUCACCCUCCCACCUCGCACGUCGCAUCCCCAAAGAGACGUGGAAAACAGUCACGGAUGCCUGGAAUGGCUACCACAGCGUCCCCCUUCGAGAAUCAUCUUACCACCUUCAUCACGCCAUUUGGCCGUUGGCGCUACCUGAGAGCACCCCAGGGUUUCCUAUUAUCAGGGGAUGGAUACAAUCGCCGUUUUGA